CGUUGCUAACAUUCCUGCAAGUGCGCGUCUGUGUGAACCUGGAGUUUAACGUUUAAUGUUAUUACUAAGAAUUACUUGAAUUAACUGGGUCCGUUAAAAUUGGACAACCUGAGUCAAUAUAUUUAAGAUGCAGCUGAAACACAUGAAAUCUCUUCUGCCUCCUAUGGAUGGCGCUGCCAAAAUUUGUGCUCUAGCAUUUUCACCCAAUAACCAAAAAUUAGCAGUUUGUACUUCUGACAGAGUUGUUGUGCUGUUUGAUGAGCAAGGAGAAAAACGUGACAAAUUCUCUCUGAAACCUGCAGAUUCAAAAUAUGGCAAGAAAAGUUAUACAGUUAAAGGCUUGGCUUUCUCUAGUGACUCAACCAAGAUUGCCGUGGGACAAACAGAUUAUAUUAUUUAUGUUUACAAAAUAGGAGAUGAAUGGGGAGAAAAGAAAGUCAUCUGUAACAAGUUUGUCCAACAAAGUGCAGUCACAUGUUUAAUCUGGCCACCUGAUCAACCAAUUAUUUAUGGUCUUGCAGAUGGAAAAGUUCGCUCAGCAAACAUUAGAACAAAUAAGUCAUCAACUGUUUACAGUACAGAAUCUUAUGUUGUGUCUCUUACAUGCAAUCCAUCUGGAAAAGGAAUAUUAUCAGGUCAUGCAGAUGGUUCAAUCAUUCGUUACUUUUUUGAUGAUGAGGGUUCAGGUGAUACACAGGGCAAAAUUGCCACUCACCCAUCUCCUCCUUAUGCUCUGGCCUAUUCUCAAAAUGCCAUUGUGGCAGCAGGCUGUGACAAAAGAAUCCUUGCUUAUGGCAGGGAUGGACGUAGUUUCCAGCAGUUCGACUUCAGCCGAGAUGUUGAUGAGCAUGAGUUUACUGUUGCAGUUUGUUCACCCAGUGGACAGAAUGUGGUUAUAGGGAGCUUUGACAAACUGCGGGUUCUGAACUGGAGCCCAAGAAGACAAGUCUGGGAAGAACCAAAACUCAAAGAGAUCCCAAAUCUCUACACAAUCACAGCAUUAGCUUGGAAAAAAGAUGGCUCUAGAGUAGUUGCUGGAACUCUUUGUGGAGGUUUGGAAUUGUUUGACUGUUGCCUUAAAAGAACUUUGUAUAAAAAUAAAUUUGAAAUAACUCAUGUUGGAGUUAGUCAGGCUAUUGUUAGAAAUCUAUCAAACAACACAAAAGUCAUGCUUAAGUCUCAUUAUGGAUAUGAGAUUGAUGAAGUGAGAAUCAUGGGGAAAGACAGAUAUUUAGUGGCCCAUACGUCAGACACACUUCUGCUUGGUGAUAUGCUAACAUCUAGACUGAGUGAAGUCCCUUGGCAAGGCUCAGGAAGUGAAAAGUACUGCUUUGACAAUGAAAAUGUGUGUAUGAUCUUUAAUGCUGGUGAGCUGGCUUUGGUAGAGUAUGGCGCUAAUGAGGUUUUGGGUUGUGUCAGGACAGAAUUCAUGAAUCCACAUCUCAUCAGCGUCAGGCUAAAUGAAAGGAAACAGAAAGGAGUUGAAGACAACAAAAAAAUGGCUUAUCUUCUUGACCUUAAGACUAUUGCCAUUAUUGACAUAAUAUCUGGAUUGAAUGUUGCACAGAUCAGCCAUGACAACAGAGUGGAUUGGUUGGAACUCAAUGAAACAGGACACAAGCUUUUAUUUAGAGACAACAAGCUGAAGCUACAUUUGUAUGAUAUUGAAACCCAACAGAAGACAAGUAUCUUAAACUACUGUUCAUAUGUACAGUGGGUACCAGGAAGUGAUGUGGUUGUGGCACAAAACAGAGGGAACCUAUGUGUUUGGUACAACAUUGAGUCACCAGAAAGAGUGACCAUGGUUCCCAUCAAGGGUGACAUUAUAGAUCUAGAGAGAAAGGAGGGACGUACAGAUGUGUUAGUGAGUGAGGGUGUCAACACUGUAGCCUACACACUGGAUGAAGGACUGAUUGAGUUUGGUACUGCUGUGGAUGACGGAGACUAUGCUAGAGCUGUUGCCUUCUUGGAAACCCUUGAAAUGUCAGCUGAAACUGAAGCUAUGUGGAAGACACUUAGCAAGAUGGCUUUAGAGGAAAAACAACUUCACAUAGCAGAAAGAUGUUUUUCUGCAUUAGGCAAUAUAGCCAAAGCCAGAUAUCUCAAAGAGACAUUAAGAAUAGCAGAGGAAGUUUCCAAACAAGUGGGAGGCGAUGGCUGCCAGCAUUACAAAGUUAGAGCGAGACUUGCUAUAUCUGAAAAGAAGUUUAAAGAAGCAGAGUAUAUUUAUUUAGAAGGAAAUCAUGUGAAUGAAGCAAUAGAGAUGUAUCAAGAAAUGCACAUGUGGGAUGAAGCUAUAGAAGUAGCAGAUGCCAAGAGUCAUCCUGAACUAGAGACUCUCAAAAGAAAUUAUAACCAAUGGCUUAUGGAGACUGGACAAGAAGAGAAAGCAGGGGAGUUGAAAGAAAGAGAAGGAGAUUAUAUGGCUGCCAUUAAUCUUUACAUGAAAUCUGGUCUACCUGCCAGAGCUGCCAGAUUAGCAGCUAGUCGAGAGGAACUAAUGAGCAACUCUGAUUUGAUUGCAAGAAUCGCUGGUGCCCUCAUUAAGGCUGAACUUUAUGACAGAGCUGGAGAUUUGUAUGAGAAAAUUCGAGACUACCAAAGAGCUAUGGAAUGUUUUAAGAAAGGCAAAGAAUAUAGGAGAGCAAUUGAUUUGGCUCGACAUGCCUUCCCAAGUGAAGUAGUGAAAUUAGAAGAAGAAUUUGGUGAUUAUUUGGUAACUCAGAAACAGUUGGAUGCAGCCAUUAACCACUUCAUUGAGGCAGGUGCAACAACAAAAGCUGUGGAGGCAGCUAUCAAUUCCAGACAGUGGGCUAAAGCUGUACAGAUUCUGGAAAUCCAGGACUCAGCAAUGGCUGCCAGAUACUACAAAAAAAUUGGUGAACAUUAUGCUUCCAUUGGAGAAUAUGAGUUAGCAGAAAAAUUCUAUGUUGAAGCUGGGUGUACAAGAGAUGCAGUAGAUAUGUACAAUAAAGCUGGCAAGUGGGAGCAUGCACACAAGCUUGCUGCAACCUACAUGAAAGGUGAGGAUGUCUCCAACUUAUAUAUAGCCCAAGCUAAACAACUGGAGGAGGAAGGAAAGUUUAAAGAGGCAGAGAGACUUUAUGUUGCUGUGGAGGAGCCUGACUUGGCCAUUACUAUGUACAAGAAACAGAGAAUGUAUGUGGACAUGAUACGGCUGGUCAAGUUAUAUCAUGAGAAUCUGGUCACUGAUACACAUUUACAUUUGGCAAAGGAACUGGAAAGUGAAGGAAACUUCAGACAAGCUGAGCAUCACUUUCAAGAAGGAGGAGAUUGGAAGGCAGCAGUCAACAUGUACAGAGCACAAGAUAUGUGGGAUGAAGCUUACAGAGUGGCCAAAUCUCAAGGUGGCCCGCCAGCAGCUAAACAAGUGGCUUACUUGUGGGCUAAAAAUCUGGGUGGUGAUUCAGCAGUAAAACUUUUGAACAAAUUUGGUCUCCUAGAAGCUGCAAUUGAUUAUGCAGCAGAAAACUGUGCUUUUGAUUUUGCUUUUGAAUUGUGCACUAUUGCCAUGAAAGAAAAGUUACCAGAUGUUCAUCUCAAGCAUGCUAUGUAUCUGGAAGAUGAAGGCAAAUUCCAUGAAGCAGAACAAGAGUUUGUUAAAGCCCAGAGGCCUAAAGAGGCUGUCCUCAUGUAUGUACAUAACCAAGACUGGGACUCUGCACAGCGUGUGGCUGAAGCACAUGAUCCAGAUUCUGUAGCUGACGUGUUGGUUGGACAGGCUCGAUUUGCUUUUGAAGAAAAAGAUUACUCUAAGGCUGAAUCCUACUUGUUGAGAGCACAACGCCCAGAGCUUGCUAUAAAAUUUUACAAGGACUCUGGCAUGUGGUCAGAUGCUCUUCGUGUAUGUAAAGAGUAUCUGCCUCAUAAACUUCAACAAUUGCAAGAUGAAUAUGACAGAGAAGCUGUUACUAAAUCUGGCAAUAAGGCACAUAUUGAUGGAGGAGGUGCUGAAGCUAUUGUCAGGCAAGCCAGAGAAUGGGAAUCCUCAGGUGAACACCAGAGAGCAGUAGAGUGUUACCUGAAAGUCACACCUGACAUGGUACCUGAUGUUAAGAUUGUGGAAAAAUGUCUAAUGAAGGCUGGCGAUAUUGCUAUUAAAUUUUUAGAUAACCAAAAAGCUCAAACAGUUGUUCAAGUGGUCGGUCCUAGGCUUGCUGAGAUCAAAUGUUAUUCAACGGCAGCAGAGCUAUAUCUAAGUAUUGAUAUGGUAAAACAAGGUAUAGACAUGUUAAUUACAGCUGGGGACUGGAAUAAAGCAAAAAAAGUGGCUAAAGAAAUGGAUCCUAGAUUUGAAAAUUAUGUUGAUGAAAAGUAUAAAGAGUUCUGUAGGAAUCAAGGCAAGGCAGAAGAUUUGGCAACUGUAGAUGUGAUUGGAGCUCUAGAUAUGUUUGCUGAGAAAGGAGAAUGGAGUAAAUGUAUGCAGAUAGCAGCAGAACAGAAUCCUAAAGUUCAACAGAAGUAUGUGGCCUUGUAUGCUACACAUCUUAUUAAAAGCAAUAACUCAUUGGCAGCACUGGAACUUUAUGUGAAGUAUGGAGCACCAGCUAACUCACAAAAUUAUAACAUAUACAAGAGAAUUUUCAAUGACAUUCUGACAAAAAGGGAAAUGAGCAAACCUGAAGCUUACAGAUCUUGGGCAGAGUUACGUGACAUGCUACAUGAUUUGUGUGAGAACAUUAGUAAGACAUCUGAAGCUAAUGGCCCCCAGCAUGAAGAGUUUGAGAAGAUGUUGCUGAUUGCCCAUUACUACGCCACUAGAUGUGCUGCCCAAGCCCAACCUUCCCUGGAUAGCAUUGCUGGCAAGCUCUCUGUCUCUCUCUUACGUCACACUGACAUUAUCCCUGCCGAUAAAGCUUUCUAUGAAGCUGGAAUGGCUUGCAAGGCUCUAGGCUGGGAAAAUAUGGCAUUUGUAUUUUUGAACAGAUAUUUGGAUAUCAGUGAGGCUAUGGAAGAAGGGACACUGGAUAUGCUUGACCACACUGAUUUUCAAGAAACAGACAUUCCUUUUGAGAUCCCAAUUCCAGAGAAGCCAUUCUUAACUGGAGGUCAACAUGAGGAGGUCAAAGAGUGGGUGUUAGCUGUGUCAAUGGAUCGCCAGGUGGAACAGAUUCUUCCCAAAGAUGAGAGAGGCACAUAUGAAGCUUCUCUAGUUGCAAUGGAAACUGGCAUUAGGGCUCUCCCCUGUGUGGUUACUGGCUACCCUGUAUUGAGGAAUAAAGUGGAGUUUAAAAAUCCAAAUAAAGUAGCUAACAAAGAAGACUGGAAUAAGUUGCUCAUGGCUACCAAAGUGUCUCACAGCUCAGAGCUUCAGGAUGUGCUCAAAUUUAUUGGUACUUGGUGUGGAGCCAAUCCUAACUUCUCUUUCCAGUGAUGCUCUGUUCAUCUUAUGUAACUGUGACCCUUGACCAUUCCAUACUUAUUUUUUUUAAUGUUAUGUUUUUGAUUUGUUAAUCUUUUUAAAAGCUAAGUUGAUCUUAUAUUUUUAUAGCUCAGAAUUUUAUAAUGCCUCUUGUUACUUUGAAAUAUUUUUAGAAUAGUUUUUUGACCAUACAAUCUGGAAUAAUGGAAUCUUUGAGAUAACUUAAUUUAUAAUUGUUUUGUAUUUUCUGUAACUGUGAUGUCAAUGAACUUGUCUUUGACUAAAUGUUCAAUUUGUGUCCUUACAAACAGAUCUGAAACUUGUCUGUGAUAAAUCAAUCCGUCCUAAGCACAAUGACAUUUAAGCUUUGUCAUUGUACAAAUCUUUUGUAAAUAAAAUGAGAUUUUUUUGUUUCUGGGAUCUUUCUGUACAUGCAACCAAUGAAAUAAAACAAGAAUUAUU